AUGCGGCCAACAAGCAGGGACACGGGCUUCCCUGAGCCUUUCUGUGGCAACCGAAAUACAACACUCCCACAUCCCGAUGCUGAUUUGUCGCCAAAUGCGUCCAUCUCAGCGGACGACAUCUCCAUCACCCGCGUUCUCAGCCGUCAGCGGAGGUCGUUCUUGUCUUCUAGGAACAAGCGCACCAUCAGCCACGGCCUCAUCACCAAGGAGAUGGAGCAGAUGUACAGCGAUCCCGUGAUCGACAGUGACCUGGACUCGCCCACAAUCCCCAGCGGCAAGAGAUUUGAGCCUCUAGGUCGGCCUUCAACCUCGGACGGCGGUGAUAGCAUGGAACGGCCAUCAACCUCCAACGACGAGUCCAGGGAUCCCGCACAGCUACGCGUAUCUACCGAGCACACGCACAAGCGACGGCACAGUCUCCUGGGCAAGUUUGGUUUCCACCAUCACAAAUAG